ACUAACUGAUGGUAUUAUUUGUUUUAAAGUGGCUGGAUCUCUAGUUUCGGUCUCAACCUUGUUGUAGUGAAUUUAUUGUUAUAGUGAUCCAAUUGGAAUAUCCGACUGCCUCGCAACAGAAGCAUUCCGUAAAAUGCUUUGCGAUGAUGCUUUAGCAACUUCAACCAACAGUGAUAUUAUUUUAUCAACUAACGAUGGAAGAGAUGCUUCCCUUCUUUUUAACACCAGAGCUACAACCAAUUUCAUAUACGAAUCGAUAUUAGAUUCUCCGCCACCUAAUAUUAACAUUAUUUCAGUUCAAGAACUUGAAAAUGCAAAAAUUAUUCAUGCCGUUUUUGGUAAAAGCUAUAGUGUUGUGAGGCAGCCGGAUGUCCCAAUUGGAUUACUACCGGUCUACCGGCAUCUGUUGCCGGUCUGCUCUCGUUACCCUCUGGGAUGUAACCCAGUCCCCUAUAAAAAGGGGGCUGGGAGCGCUUGAUGGUUGUUUCUUUUUUUAUAUACUUCUCUACCUUAAUAUAUUAUC